AUGUCUAGGGUAGGAGUAUUAGCAUUGGGGCCAGCCGGGGUUGGUAAAACCACGUUUUGUAACUCAAUUAUAACGCACAUGCAGUCGAUCGGACGUCGUGCUCAUCUAGUUAACUUGGAUCCAGCUGCGGAGGCAACCGAGUACGAAUUCACGAUUGACAUUAGAGAUUUAAUCUCACUUCAGGACGUUAUGGAAGAGAUGGAUUUGGGGCCAAACGGUGCUCUUAUAUACUGCUUUGAAUUCUUGUUGAAUAACCUUGACUGGCUAGAUGAAGAGAUUGGAGAUUUCAACGACGAGUACUUGAUCUUCGACUGCCCAGGUCAGAUCGAACUCUACACUCACGUGCCCGUGUUGCCCACCAUAGUAAGGCACUUACAGCAACAGUUGAACUUCAAUUUGUGUGCAACGUACUUGCUUGAGGCUCCAUUCGUUAUAGAUAGAUCCAAGUUCUUCUCCGGGGCCUUAAGUGCCAUGUCUGCCAUGAUCUUGUUGGAGUUACCCCACAUCAAUAUCUUGUCUAAGGUAGACUUGAUUAAAAAUGAAGUUUCCAGGAAAGAGUUGAAGAAGUUCUUAAAUCCAGAUCCCUUGUUGUUGAAUGCUGCUGACGAUAAGGAGACGAAUCCGAAAUUCGCAAGGCUAAAUAGAGCAAUUGCUCACUUGGUUGAUGACUUCGGCAUGGUGCAAUUCUUACCGCUUGACUGUAACAAGGAGAGUGACUCUGUAGCAAACAUUUUGAGUUACAUAGAUGAUGUAACGCAAUGGUCUGAAUCGCAGGAACCCAAGGAGCCAAAGGAUGAAGCGGAGAUAGACGAUGACGAAUGA